CGUUCUCACUAGCCGCUCCCGAUGAAUGGCCGAGUUAGCAGCUUACAACGAUCCUCCAGUUCCAUAAAGGAGGGGACGGCAUUGCUCAGGCCAAACAUGAGCACGUAAACGUCCAUCCCCGUCUUGUGGGAACGGACGCGGCCUGAAAGGCGGGCUAGGCCCGGGUCACGUGACGCGCUCUACCUCCGGGCGGAAGCGCGGCUGGGACCGCGGAAAGAUGGCUGCCGCAGCGGGGCGGACGGCUCCCGGGCGCGGGCUCUAGGUCCGCGCCACCCGCGCCUGCUGCCCCCUUACCAUGAGGCCCGUGAGUCGCCGCACCCUGGACUGGAUUUACUCCGUGUUGCUGCUUGUGAUCGUCUUGCUCUCCUGGGGAUUCGUCAUCUAUGCAUCAGCUGUAGCUGCACGACGACAGUUACUGAAGACGUUUCCAGACAAAUUCUAUGAGAUGAAUGAGCUUUGGUAGUCCCCAGCAAGCACUGUGCUUUUCCUCAGAUGGCACCUAUCUAGACUUAAAAGUAAAAUUCACAAUGCAAAA